AUGCCCUAUAGACGAAUCACGAGCUUGGACGUGGCAUCACUUCCACAGCCUGGUUAUAAUCUAGCUGAAUUGAUACAUUUUAGUCCUGAUGAUAAUUUAUUAACUUAUCUUCGUUCACCAAGCCAAUUAGCAAGCAGACGAUUGUAUGCAUAUGAUCUUCGAACUGACAAAGAAUUUCUUUAUACCGAACCGGAAAAAGAUGAUGAUACUAUGGAAAAUAAUCUUUCACACGAAGAAAAACUUCGACUUGAACGUCAACGUCUCUUGAUGACUGGCGUAAUUCGUUACCAAUGGUCAAGAAAUAAAACUCAAUCAUUAAUGCUCAUCACUAUCGCUGGUGAUCUUUAUAUGUAUGAUAGAAAACAACUUCGUCUUUUAGUCAGUGGAUUUCAUCAAGCAUCUAUUACUGAUCCUAAAUUAUCACCGGAUGGAAAAUUAGUUGCUUAUAUUCAAGACUGUGAACUUUAUUGUAUAUCAACAGUAUCAUCAGUACCUUCAGCAAAACCACGCCAAUUAACAUUUGAUGCUCGUGGCCGUCCAAAUAAAACCAAUGGUAUGGCAGAUUUUAUAGCUCAAGAAGAAAUGGAUCGCAAUGAUGGUUAUUGGUGGUCAGAUGAUUCGAAUUAUAUUGCAUUUACUCAAGUUGACGAGUCCAAUGUACCAGCUUUUCGCAUAUCACAUUCCGGUUCGGACGAUCCUGAUCAUAUUGAAGAACAUCGAUAUCCUUUUGCCGGUAAAGUCAAUGUUCAAGUAUCAAUUGGUAUUAUUGAUCUAAAAAAUGACAAUGAUAGAAAACAACCUACUAUAUAUUGGGUUGAUUUAAGCGAAUUUGACGAUUAUUAUAUAGCACGUGUUGAUUUCUUUCCUGAUAAUAGUGUGGCAAUACAAAUAGAAAAUCGUCAACAAACUAAUUUAAAAUUAUUUCAAUAUGAUUUUAUUAAUAAAAAAACAUUAAAAUUAUUAAUUGAAGAUACGAGUCAAAUAUGGAUUAAUUUGCAUGAUUUAUUUUAUACAUUGAAAUUAACGCCAACACAAUUUAUAUGGGGUAGUGAACGAAGUGGUUUUAUGCAUUUAGAAGUACAUGAUUAUAAUACUGGAAAUUUAAUAAAAACUUUAACAAAUGGAAAUUGGGUUGUACAACGUAUUGCUGCUAUUGAUGAAACCAAUUCAAUAAUUUAUUUUCUAGCUAAUCGUGAAACACCACUUGAAAUUCAUCUGUACAGUGUUAAUUAUAAUGAUGCAACAUCAAAAAUAGAACGUAUAACACAAGAAUCUGGUUGUCAUACAGUUUAUUGUUUUAAUCAAACGUAUCAAUAUUGUAUCACGCAAUGGAGUUCAAUAGAACAAUAUCCAUUAAUAAGAAUGUUGGAUGUUAAAAAGAAAGAAAUCGUCAAUACCUUAGAUCAUUUACAGCGAGAUCGAAUGCAAAUAAUGGAACAAUUUAAUUUUGUUAAACCAAAAUUAUUCUCAAUAUUAAAUAGAAAUAAUGAUACACUCUAUUGUGCACUUUAUACACCAGAUAAUGAACAACAAAUAUAUCAAACGCCGUAUCCAACACUUGUAUCAGUUUAUGGUGGACCACAUCUUCAACGUGUCACCAAUUCGUGGUCAAUUCGAAGUGAUAUGCGCUGUCAACGUUUAGUUGAAUCUGGUUAUGUUGUACUGAGCUUAGAUAAUCGUGGUAGUUCAAAUCGUGGUGUAGCAUUUGAAAGUCCGAUUAAACAUGAUAUGGGACAUAUAGAAUUAAAUGAUCAGAUUGAUGGUGUACAGUAUCUUAUUAAACAAGGUAUUACUGAUGAAACACGUGUCGGUAUAUAUGGUUGGUCGUACGGAGGAUAUUUGUCUGCAAUGGCAUUGGUCCGUGCAAGUAAUAUUUUUAAAUUAGGUAUUGCCGGUGCACCAGUGACCCAUUGGGAUGGAUAUGAUACUCAUUAUACUGAAAGAUAUAUGGGUACACCAGAAGAGAACCCACAUGGGUAUAAAGUUUCAAGUGUAAUUCAUUAUGUAAAUAAUUUAAAAGGACAUUUGAUGAUUAUUCAUGGUUUAAUCGAUGAAAAUGUUCAUUUUCGUCAUUCAGCCCGUUUGAUAAACGCGCUCACUCGAGCUAAUAAGUCAUAUGAGCUAGUUCUAUUUCCAGAUGAGCGGCACAUGCCAAGAAAAUUUGAUGAACGCAUCUAUAUGGAAGAACGUGUGUUCGAAUUUAUUCGAAAAUAUUUAUAA